AUGUAUGUGGCAGGCGCUAUUACGACACCGCCACCACCGCCUCCGCCUCCGCCACCCCCCCUCGCCAACAUCGCCAUCGAGAAGCGGAUCUUCGCGUCUUCAGUGCUCUCCAGUGAAUACUUCGCAGGCAGGGCGAACGAUGGCAUCAUUCCCCCGGACGGCAGCAGGAGCAGCACCUUCAUCAGCGCCAACGUCACAGGUCAAUGGCUAGCGGUCGACUUCGGGGAGCUGGUGACCGUCUCCAGUAUAACGCUCUACCUUCGGAGGGAUUGCUGCGGGAAUGAGCUUGUAAAUCCUGAGUUCCGACUUGGCGGCUUCGAUGUCUCGACCAGGCCAGUCUUAUUCACGUACAAUUUUCUACUUAGCCAAACUCCUACUGGGCCUGGCACGACCGGCGGUUUGAUUUCAUUUCUGGUCGUCAAUGGUCCAUCGGGCAGUAGUAGUAGGACUACUGGUCGCAUCCUCACGGUUCGAAACGGCAACAUCAACACCACGUCAUCGAUGAACUUGGCAGUGGCUGAGUUGCAAGUGUACGGCACACCCGCAGCCUGCACGCUUCAGGUCAUGUACGGCGCUGGGUACGGCAUCGACUCCGCUGCGCUGUCCACCAGCAGCCAGCCCGAUGAGGGGGCCUGCUGUCAGGCCUGCUACAGCAGCGCCACCUGUCUCUACUGGGACUAUGUUCGCAGUAGCAGCACGUGCCGCCUGAAGGGGGAUCAGGGGGACAUCAUUCCACCGGGUCAGUCAAUACCCGGCUUCUACCAAGAUGGCGAUCGGGUGGCUGGUGCAAAGAGAGGUGUAUGCACCUACGACAUGUCCAGUACCACUCAAUCAUGGCCAGAUCCGAAUGCCAUCGUUGUUUGGUCCGGUCCGAACGCUUUUGGUAGUGGAUGGAACCGCCCUUCGCAAUACUGGCUCACGUACUUUUAUAAAAUCUACACCACGUCCGAGCCAGUUGUGAACGCCACGUUUCACCUAAGGGCUGACGAUUCUGGUGUAUUGUUUGUAAAUGGAAGAGGGCUUCCCCCGCCUAAUACAGGUUUUCUCUACACUUCAAUCAACCUGGUGGCGGGAGCGAACAUGCUGGCCUUACGGGUCUACAAUGGGCAGAGCGAGCUCCUCACCGCAGCCGCCCCGACCGCUUCAACCAUCACCAUCUACACCCCCGUCAUCUCCAGUGCAAUCCGGAGAUCCAUCACCUCCACCACCAACUUCAUUAUUAUCGCCACCGUGGCAACCGCCUGA